AAUAGCCAACGGUAGGCUACCUGCGGAGAACGCAAGCGUGCGUCCGGCUCCAUUCCUAAACCCAAACGGACGUGCUGACUUCGAAGCUUUGCCGCAAAAAAAGGAGACAGCAGAAAGAGUGUGCAGAAAGAGUGACUACUGGCCAUAUGUCAACGAAGGGCAGAAAGUAUCACGAGAGAGUAUCGUUCUCCGAAGAGGAGGAUGAACAGUGUUGGAAAGAGGAAAACGGCUGUAUGGAUGUACAUUACCUAAAAUCCGUCCAAACAAUCCGGGAUUCGUCUGGAUAUUAUGCUUAUAAUAUGAAAGCGGCAGCGGAACUUGAGCUCCCCGCCCACCGGCGGAUGAUAGCGGCGCGGGAGAAGGGUCGUCGACCACAGAUGCGCGGGCCGGCCUUCAUGUUCAACGACCGCACCACAAGCAUGACCGCCGAGGAAGAGCGCUUUCUGGACUCGGCAGAGUACGGCAACAUCCCUGUGGUCCGCAAGAUGCUGGAGGACUCUACCACGCUCAAUGUCAACUGCGUGGACUACAUGGGCCAGAACGCAUUGCAGCUGGCGGUGGGCAACGAGCACCUGGAGGUGACGGAACUGCUCCUGCGGAGGGAUAACCUGGCGCGCAUCGGUGACGCCCUGCUCUUGGCUAUCUCGAAAGGCUACGUCAGGAUAGUGGAAACCAUCUUGGCCCAUCCAUCCUUCCAGGCUAGCGAGCGACUGACACGGAGUCCGUGCGAGCUGCAGGACGAUGACUUCUACUCAUACGAUGAGGAUGGCACGCGCUUCUCGCCCGACAUCACCCCCAUCAUUCUGUCUGCGCACUGCCAGAAGUACGAGGUGGUGCACAUGCUGCUGCUGAAGGGCGCGCGCAUCGAGCGGCCGCACGACUACUUCUGCAAGUGUGUAGAAUGUGCCGAGAAACAGGGCAAAGACGCUUUCAGCCACUCACGCUCACGCAUCAAUGCCUACCGGGGCCUGGCCAGCCCGGCUUACCUGUCACUGUCUAGCGAGGACCCAGUGCUCACCGCAUUGGAGCUCAGCAACGAACUGACCAAGUUGGCCAACAUCGAGAAGGAGUUCAAGGAUAAAAAGAGCCAUAAAAAAGAGACCACGCAGCACAAUUGCUUCUCCCUGAAUGACUAUCGCAAGCUGUCUAUGCAGUGUAAGGACUUUGUAGUGGGAGUGCUGGACCUCUGUCGGGACACAGAGGAAGUGGAAGCGAUUUUGAAUGGAGAUGUUACUGCUGAGAAGGAGUCGGGGCAGGGCCUUCGCUCUCUCCUGAGCAGGGUCAAACUGGCCAUCAAGUACGAGGUGAAAAAGUUCGUGGCACACCCCAACUGCCAGCAGCAGCUGCUGACGAUCUGGUAUGAGAACCUGUCGGGCCUGAGGGAGCAGACUAUCGCUGUAAAGUGCCUGGUGGUGGUGGCUGUGGCCCUGGGUCUGCCCCUGCUGGCUGUGGGUUACUGGUUCGCCCCUUGCAGUCGGCUGGGCAAUGCUUUGCGCAGCCCCUUUAUGAAGUUUGUGGCCCAUGCCGCUUCCUUCAUCAUCUUCCUGUGCCUGCUGUUGUUCAACGCAUCGGACCGCUUCGAGGGAAUCCGCACCAUGCCAAACGUUUCCGUCACUGACCACCCCAUGCAGAUCUACCGGGUCAAGACCACUGAAUUCAGCUGGACUGAGAUCCUCAUCAUGGUCUGGGUCACAGGGAUGAUGUGGUCUGAGUGUAAGGAACUGUGGACUGAGGGGCCAAGGGAGUACAGCCAGCAGCUGUGGAACGUUCUGGACUUCGGCAUGCUCUCAAUCUUUAUCGCCGCUUUCACUGCCCGGUUCUUCGCCUUCCUCCAGGCCACCAGAGCCCAGCAGUACGUCAACGAAAAGAUCCACGCUACCGAUCUCUCCCUAGUGACCCUACCCCCAGAGGUCAAAUACUUCACCUACGCAAGGGACAAAUGGUUACCGUCAGACCCCCAGCUGAUCUCAGAAGGACUAUACGCCAUCGCCGUGGUGCUGAGCUUCACACGCAUCGCUUACAUCCUGCCGGCUAACGAGAGCUUCGGACCACUCCAGAUCUCCCUGGGCCGCACUGUCAAAGACAUCUUCAAGUUCAUGGUCCUGUUCAUCAUGGUCUUCCUGGCAUUCAUGAUUGGCAUGUUUAUCCUCUAUUCUUACUACUUGGGUGCCAAGGUCAACCCAGCAUUCACCACGGUGGAGGAGAGCUUCAAGACUCUGUUCUGGUCUAUAUUUGGGCUGUCAGAGGUGUCCUCCGUGGUGCUCAAAUACAACCACAAGUUCAUUGAGAACAUCGGCUACGUGCUCUACGGAAUCUACAACGUGACCAUGGUGGUGGUGUUGCUCAACAUGCUGAUCGCCAUGAUCAACAGCUCCUAUCAAGAGAUCGAGGAUGACGCGGACGUGGAGUGGAAGUUUGCGCGCUCCAAACUGUGGCUGUCCUACUUUGACAAUGGCAAGACGCUGCCUCCUCCCUUCAGCAUCGUUCCAACUCCCAAGUCCUUUUACCACCUCAUCAGGUGGAUAGUUGGCAUGCUGCAUUGCCGCCGACGAAGCCUGAAGAAGGACGUAGAGCUGGGAAUGGACAGUUCGAAGUCCAGGCUCAAUCUCUUCACCCAGUCCAACCUGCGCAUAGCAGAGUCCCACAGUUUUAACAGCAUCCUGAAUCAACCCACUCGCUAUCAGCAAAUCAUGAAAAGACUCAUAAAACGCUAUGUGUUGAAAGCACAAGUGGACAAAGAAAACGACGAGGUCAAUGAAGGUGAGCUGAAAGAAAUCAAGCAGGACAUCUCCAGUCUACGGUACGAACUCCUGGAAGACAAGUCUCGGGCUACAGAGGAGCUGUCCUUUCUUAUCCAGAAACUGAGUGAGAAACUGAAGCUAGGCCCUACAACACGCUUCUACGAGUGAACCCACCGCCACCCCACAGUACAACCAAGCAGCCAACAUCCAAGCAUUUCUCCACACACUCCACAGCACCCCCUGACUAGGUUGUUUUGUAAAAGUCUUCUCUUUGCAAAUCAAAUCAAAGGGUAUUUGUCACAUGCGCCAAAUACAACCUUACAGUGAAAUGCUUACUUACAAGCCCUUAACCAACAGGUAUGCAUGAAGUUAGUAUUACCAGACAAGAACAGCACAAGUGAAGGCAACAGCAAAAAGGAUUGUUGCCUCACUAUUUUGGUGUACAGAGAAGUUGCCCUAAGACUGAUCUUGUGUCAGUUAAGCAUUUCCCCACUAAUGGUUAAGAUUAGGAUUGCGAGAGGGGAAGCUGAUCCUAGAUCUGUACCCAAAUGAAACUUUACCCCAGAGCCACUAUUUUACAUUAAGACAUAAAUGGUGUUACUGUUAUAGAUAUUUAUAUAUCAUUACUUAUUAACAUCUUUUAAGUAAAUGGUUGUUUAGUACUGGUUUUAUCUGUUUCUUUCUCUCGUUAUAGAUUUAUAACCAAGCAGUAGGAUUAUUUGACAAUAUUUCCUCAUAAAUUCUCUCAUAAGAUAAUCAGUCAUUGAUUAAUGUCAUUAUCAUGUUUGUUCCUGAAAUCCACCUAGUUGCAAAGCCCCUUUUAUUUUCUACGUAAACACUAUUCUUGUUGCUCUAGUGCUAUGGCUACUUUGGGGUUCUUACAUUGUGUGUUUUAAAGUUGUGUCCAGCCGUGGUCCUGGAGAGUGUACAUCAGAAUACCGUAAACAGUAUAGGGGGAUAAACAAUGAUCUACAGUACAUUUGGAACGUAUUCAGAGCCCUUGACUUUUUACACAUUUUCUUACGUUACAGCCUAAUACUAAAAUUGCUGAAAUCGUUUCAGACGAUUGCUGAAAUCGUUUCAGACAAAACCCGUCAUCAAUCUACAAACAAUACCACAUAAGGACAAAGUAAUAACAGGUUUUUGGAUUUUUUUGCAAAAAAACUCAUAUACAGGUAUAUAUAUUUUUACAUACAGUACCAGUUAAAGGUAUGG